AUGGCGAGCAAGGCUCAAUACACCCAGGCCGCAUCGGUCGACCCGGACGAGCAUCUCGAGUAUACGCAGCCGCCGCCUUCGUACCAGGCCGAGGCCAGCGCGAGCGCGAGCGCGGCGGCCGACGAUGACCAAGAGCGGCUGUUCAGCGGCGCGCCGCGCGACAGCGAGGACAACAUGCCCGACGACUUCAAAUUUGGCGGCUCCGUGGCCGAGGCGACAAUCGACAUCCGCAACCAGUUCGUGCGCAAGGUGUAUGCCAUCCUGACGGUGCAGCUGCUGGCAACCAUGGCCCUGAGUGCCGUGAGCUUCUUCAGCGACGGCUAUCGGACCUGGAUCCAGAGCCAUCCCGGCCUCGUCUUCGUCUCGCUGUUUGGUGCUAUGGGCUUCCUGGGCCUCACCUACUGGAAGCGCAAGUCGUAUCCCACCAACCUGUUGUUCCUCGCCGGCUUCACCUUUCUCGAAGCCUACAGCGUCUCCGUGAUCGUGUCGUUUUACAACGCCUCCAUAGUCCUCAACGCUGUCGUCCUGACGGCUGGCAUCUUUGUCUUCCUGACCCUCUUCGCCUGCCAGACCAAAUACGACUUCACCUCGUGGAUGCCGUACCUCUUCGGCGGCCUCUGGGGACUCAUCCUGUUCGGCUUCAUGGCCAUGUUCUUCCCGUACAACUCCACUGCCGAGCUCAUCUACGGCGGCCUGACCGCCCUCAUCUUCAGCGGCUACAUUCUCGUCGAUACCCAGCUUGUUUUGCGCAAGCACCACAUCGAGGAGGAGAUUGCGGCUGCUAUCAGCCUGUACCUCGACAUCAUCAAUUUGUUCCUCGCCAUUCUGCGCAUCCUCAACAGCCAGCAGAACAACUAA